AUGUCAACUUCUAAGCUUAUGAAAAAUAAAAUUCUCGUAUUAGGACGCCGAGGGGCAGGAAAAUUAUCUAUUAUAAAACAAAUAUUAUCAAUCACAAAUCAAUUAAAUAAUGAUCUCAAUAUAGAAGAUAAAAAUCAUUCAGGAAUAAAAAUACCAUGGAAUAUUCAUACAAAAUAUUAUAAUGCAAAAGUAGAUUUUUGGAUUGAUGAAACUGUACAGAAAGAGCAUGUUAAUAAAGAGGUGAUAAAAGGGUAUGAAAAUGAAGAAAAUGGCAUUGGAAAAGUUGUUGACGCUAUACUUUUUAUAUUUAAGAAAGAUGAGCCAACAACUUUUGAUGAUGUAAAAGCGUUUAUACCUUUCAUACAGCAAUUUGAACCUGCUAUAACGUUGGCUGUUGGAACUGGAAAAUGUGUUCAAAAUAUUGAUUAUGAAGAUUGGUGCUUGGAAAAUGGAUUUGAAUACGUUGAUAUGGAAGUUAACGAGAAAGAACAAAUGAAUGAACGCGUCGGUUCGGAACGAAUUCUUGAAGCACUUCAAUCAAACAUGUGGGAUGGAAUGAUUCGCGUUACACAAAACGCUAAUAAACCUUCCGAUUUAGAGAAUGAUGAUUAUCAUAACGAGCUAAUCGAAGCUAUUUCACAUUCGAGUCUGAAUCAUGCGAAUGAGGAGCAGGAACCUCCGUCAUCUCAAUUGCAUGAUCAUAAUUCGGCCCCAUUUGAUGAUGAUGCCGAAUUUUUUGGUGAUGCAUUACCCUCUCAGCAAGAAAUCGAAAAUAUGCAUCGUAAACUUUUUAGUGAUUUUGAUGAUGAGGAUGGACUUGAUAAAGUCUUUACACGAUUAAGUAAUUUACGAGGUAAGAUUGAAAGGUAUUAA